AUGGAGAGGUACAAAGCCAAGUUGGUUGCUAAGGGAUUUACUCAACAUGAAGGUCUUGACUUCACUAAAACUUUUUCCCCUAUGGCAAAGAUGGGUAUUGUCAAGACAUUACUUGCUAUUUCUACUGUGAAAGGUUGGCACUUGACUCAACUUGAUGUGAAUAGUGCUUUUCUUCAUGGUGAGCUUCUUGAAGAUGUCUAUAUGCAGCUUCCUCAAGGCUUUCAUAGCAAGAGGGAGUUGGUCUGCAAGCUUAACAAGUCUUUAUAUGAACUUAAGCAAGCUUCAAGGCAGUGGUCAAAUUUGGUUCCCAUUAUAGUUAGACCCUUUCUCCUUAUGGAUUCAAGGAACCCUCAUAGAAGCAAGCGUGUUUUGUUUCUUGUUUUUCUAGAAGUAGACGUGUUUUGCUUCUUAACGCUUCUGCAUCCCACAUCAGUUGGUAUCAGAGCCUUGACUUAUCCUGGUUUGGUGGCUGAGGAAGAAUUGCAUGUUGAAGAAAAUAUUGUUCUUGAAGAAUAUGUAGAAGUCAAAGAAGAAAAUAUAGAGAUUUCUGAGAAAAUUAAUGAAGGCCUUGUUAUAGAAGAAGAACCUGAAAUCAAGAUUUUAGAGGAGAUUAAUGAAGACCCUAUUAUCGAGAAAGAUCUUGAAAUUGAGAUAAUAGAGACCAUUAAAGAAGAAAUUAUAGAAGAAGUUGUCAACGAUCUCGAUAAAGUCAAGUUAGAUGAUUGCAACAUUCAAGCUCCUAUUAUCUUGGUGGGAGACACCGAAACAAAGUUUAUUGAUUUUAUUGGAGUUGAUAGAUUUGAUUCAAUUGUCAGUUCUUAUUUGGUUGAUAGCUGCAAAUUGAAGUUUCCAAGGGAAAACAAAUGUGAUAUUCUAGACAUCAAUGAAAUAGUCUGGUCACCUGUCCUGGCUUCUGAGUUACCAAGCAUCAUUUUGUGA